AUGGCCAGCCUUAUCACGGUUCUGCUGUCUUUACUUUCCCUGAAUCCACUCGCAGACGCAUAUGUCCAAGCAUUGCUGAUAAACCAAAUGGACUGGAAGAACCUCCUGAACAGCGGCGCCCUGGACCUGAAUGUCUUGCGCUGCUUCCUGCGCGACAAGAACUUCUGCCCCAGUCCCCAUAUCGAGCAUCGUCUGUUUGCGCCCAAUGGGCCACGGCGAGGAGUGGCUUUGAAUGUAAAAACUCCAACGAGUCUCUACCAGGGUGGCUUCGGCAAGCAUCGGGAAACGGUCUUUAUUAUUCACGGCUUCAAUGGAACAGCCAUCGAUGUACACCUGCAGUUCCUGAGGGAUGCAUAUUUAUCGCGUGACUUCAACGUGAUAACCGUGGACUGGCGGCCCUUGACGCGAUAUCCCUGUUACCUUCACUCUCUGAUCAACACCAGACUGACGGCGCAGUGCACAGCCCAGAUCUAUGCAUUUCUCACCCAUUAUGGCGCCGUGAGAGAGAAAAUUACCUGCGUGGGACACUCGUUGGGUGCCCACAUCUGUGGCAUGAUUAGCAAUCACUUGACAAAGAAACAAUAUCGCAUAAUCGGACUGGAUCCGGCUCGUCCACUGAUCGAGCGAAAGAAGAGCAACACAUUUCGAUUGUCCCGCGAUGAUGCGAGUGUCAUACAAGUUCUGCACACAAAUGCCGGAUACCUCGGCCAGGAGGACAACACGGGACACCUCAACUACUGCGUCAACGGUGGACGUGUUCAACCGUACUGCAAGGGAAAUCCAAUCAGACAAUACCGCUGCUCGCAUUUCCUGAGCAUUUGCUACCUGGCCUCGGCCACUUACAAGCACAACAAGUUCGCGGGCGUUCCCUGCCCCAAUGGGUGUCUGCAUCUCAGCGGGCCCAAGCGUUUGCCAGUCAGCAGUAAGGCGAAUCCAUUCGAGUUUGUCUCCAUUCUGCGGGAGUACCAUAUAGGCAACGAUGCCCCGGACGACGCCCGCGGCUGCAUUUGCAUAGAUGUGCCGUACGCCAAACACUGCCCCUUCACAGAUAUGUAGGAGGAGCUGGUCACUAAGUAGGUUUUAACUGUAAAUCAUAGCUGUUGGCAAUAAAUUGAAGUACAA